GAGAAGAGAAAAUGUCCAAGCCCCAAGGUAAAUCACGGAGCUCUUCCACACCCCGUGACCGCAAGCCGAUCCGACCGGCAAACUCCAGUCUGGGCCGUGCCACCUCAUCCCCACGCUCCUUUUCUUCUCUUCUCCUUAUCCUCCAACUUAUUCCUUUUUCCUCUACUAGAAUCCCCCACCGUCAAGCUGGCGCCCGACAAUUCCAAAACGUCUUCUUUGCUGGCCCCCCGUGGCAUCUCCUUCCCUCCGGAUGUUGACACAGGGCCGCAGCGACUAUCUCCAAACAUGACCCAAAAACAAGGUCGACGGAGGAGAUCCAGCAGUCUUAUCUACCAGGAGCCUGCUGAAUCUAUCGAGCGUACGAGUGAUCAGGCUGCAUUGCCGAAUUUGAAUGCAAACUGGGUCAAUUCCAAGGGUGCCUGGACUAUCCACUUCGUGUGUAUCGCCGUUCUCAAGAUCUUCUACGACAUCAUCCCGGGCGUCUCGCAGGAAACCUCGUGGACUCUCACCAACAUCAGCUACAUGUUCGGAUCCUUCCUCAUGUUCCACUGGGUGCGGGGCAUCCCGUUCGAGUUCAACGCUGGUGCCUACGAUAAUCUCAACAUGUGGGAGCAAAUCGACAACGGCGACCAGUACACACCCGCGAAGAAAUUCUUGCUCUGCGUGCCUAUCGUGCUCUUCCUCCUCAGCACUCAUUACACCCACUUCGACCUGACUCAUUUCACUAUCAAUUUCUUGGCCACAUUGGCGGUGGUCAUUCCCAAGCUACCAUUCUCGCAUCGCUUGCGAAUAGGUCUCUUCUCCGAUAUACCAGAGGAGUCAUAG